CUUUCGGCUCCGCUCGGCUAUUUCCGCCUCUUUGUUGUACUAACUCCCGACCGGAAUAAUUUCCCCCCCUCUCUAACCUUCUCCCGGUUCCUCUUAUUAAAAAAGGAAAAUAAAAAAAAAAAGCCACACGGAGCCCCCGAGCGGCCCCCGCGAGUGCCUGAGGGGAGCGGGUCCCCUCCCCCACUGCACCCCACCCGCGUGGCCGGCGCCGUCCUCGUUGCUGCUGCUUCCUCCUCCUCCUCCUCCUCUGCCUCCUCCCCCCCAGCCAGGUCUCUGGAUGGCAGACUCUGAAAAGAAAUGCAGUUUUAAGAGAUCCCAAAUCUCGACGCGCUCUCACUCUGGCGAGAUUCAAUGUUAUUCCUUCCUCUAGAAGACAUAGUAGAGAGAAACACCUAGCAAUUCUUGACAGAAAUUGUAGUUGUAGCCUUGGAUCGGAGGAAACUGUCCAUCAUGUCCUUCAUCAAUGCCCUCUUUAUAACUCCACCUGCAACACCAAAGAUGCUGACGAGAAAGAUUAAGCUUUGGGACAUCAAUGCCCAUAUCACCUGUCGUCUUUGCAAUGGUUACCUUAUUGAUGCUACCACUGUAACAGAAUGCUUGCAUACCUUCUGCAGGAGCUGCUUGGUGAAGUAUCUGGAGGAAAAUAACACCUGUCCCACAUGCAGAAUUGUCAUACACCAGAGCCAUCCACUACAAUACAUUGGUCAUGAUAGAACAAUGCAAGAUAUUGUUUACAAACUUGUUCCAGGUCUUCAAGAAGCGGAAAUGAGGAAGCAGAGGGAAUUCUACCACAAAUUGGGCAUGGAAGUACCAGGUGACAUCAAAGGAGAGACAUGCUCAGCCAAGCAACAUUUAGAUUCUCACCGUAACGGGGAAACAAAAGCAGAUGAGAGUACGAACAAAGAAACGUCAGAAGAAAAACAGGAAGAAGAUAAUGAUUAUCACAGAAGUGAUGAACAGGUGAGCAUUUGCUUGGAAUGCAACAGCAGCAAAUUACGUGGAUUGAAGAGAAAAUGGAUCCGCUGCUCGGCACAAGCCACAGUCUUGCAUCUAAAGAAGUUCAUUGCCAAAAAACUUAACCUUUCUUCUUUUAAUGAGCUGGAUAUAUUAUGCAAUGAAGAAAUCCUGGGCAAGGACCACACUCUCAAAUUUGUAGUUGUUACAAGAUGGAGAUUUAAGAAAGCACCUCUACUGCUACAUUACAGACCCAAAAUGGACUUGCUGUGAGAACUAUUCUGUCCUUCUGGACAGUUUUUUUUUUUUUUGCAGAGACUAUCAUCGGGCACCUUCUUUGUGCAUCACGUAAUUCACCCGUGAUACAAACCAGCAGAAUCCAUUUCCCCCCCAAAAACAGUAGUGCUCUCUCAUCCAGCCAUCCUUCUGAAUAUUUCUUCUGGAGAUGCAUUAAACUCGACUUUGUGGACAGGAAAAUAUUUAUACUUUUUUCUAUGAAUAAAAGGAAAUUGCAACUUCAAGAGGAUACAACCAGCAUGGAGUUUACAGACAUCGAAAACACUUCACAGCCCCCCCCCCCCCGCCCCUCACACGCGGCUUGGUGUUUGGCUGCCAUCUUGCGGUGACACCCAAUAGACUAAACAAAAAAAAAGUUACGAAGAGGAUAACAGGAUUUAUUGUCACUUCACAACUUAAUGGAAGGGUGGUAUAUUUUCUUGCAAAGUGUUCUGUCUUUUAUACCUCAUAUCGAUCUCGUCUUUUUAGUACAGCCUUCUUCGGGUAUUUAAGAAUAUCUAAUCAUCCGCGGUUAUUUUUUGCUGUGUGACGCUGCUUCUGGGUUACGACCCUCUGUCUGUCGAGCUCAUUUGGUUGAAAAGAGGUUACAAAAAGAGUUUCAGUUGGUGCCCCCCCCCCCCCCCACACUUUGUUUCCAUUUUGUGUGAUCCUCAAAGUGCUGGAUGUUUAGGAAGAAACUCUCCUUUGUGGUCUUAAUGGGGCUUUGUAAAGCUGGAUCUGAUGUCAGGCUGAGGGGUCUGCCUUUCCCCGUAAGCUGUCAGCCUCAUCUACUUGAAAUCCUCCAGUAUUGUUCCUUUGAACAACCUGCUGCGUAAAAGCUGCAGCAAGUAUUUUCUCCGGCCUGCAUUAGCGCGUUGGCCUUCCAGCUGGUUUUAGUUUCCCCGAAUUUAAGACCCUGUGUGUUCAGCUGGUUCUCCACUGAACUGCCAUUAUAGGGUCAGUCUGAGCUGGCGAGGUGAUAACUUUCUACCCUUUCAAUCUGUGAAUCUGCGUCCGCCCCCUUCCACGGUAUGCAUUAUACCCCUAAACAGUAUGAACACUCUCUCUAUAAACAGUUGAAACAA